UUCCAUUCUUCCUGUAACAACCAUAAAUUUUGGGACGUCUUUCCCAACAACACAGCACACGAGAGAGGACUUGAGAAAUACAGUAGUGUGCCUUUCUAACAACCAGAUCGGAUUCACCGGACUGGUAGGGCGGGCCCUGACCACUGAGCUGUGAUAGAGAGAUACAUCCCUCACCAUGGUGGAGUACUACGUUGUACUCGGAGUGCGGCAAACCGCUUCAGAUGCAGAUAUAAAAAAGGCGUAUAGAAAGUUGGCCCUAAAGUGGCAUCCAGACAAAAACCCUGACAGAAAAGAGGAGGCAGAGAAGAAGUUUAAGGAGAUCUCAGAGGCAUAUGAAGUCCUGUCUGACAAGAAGAAGCGAGAAAUUUACGACAGAUAUGGUCGGGAUGGUUUAAUAGGCGGAGGAGGAAGUAGCGGGUUUGACGCGGACUUCGAUAUCGGAAACUUCGGAUUUCCAUCUUUCCACUUCAGAGACCCUGAGGAUGUUUUUCGGGAAUUUUUUGGUUCAGGAGACCCUUUCGCAGAUUUUUUUAGAGGUGAGCGGAGAGAUGCUUUUCAGAAUGGUACGAUGUUCCAAAAUUCUUUUACAGGAUUUGGCGGUCCCAGCUUCUUCACACCAUUUUUCGACAACGAUCCAUUCAACAAUUCAGGCAGGAGGCACCGUACCCCACGACACACCCGGCGACAGCGACACGAACCACUGGGCGUAUUACAUCAGAGACGCGGUAUGGGACCAAUGGACCCCUUCUUACCCUUUGGCGGGAUGCUAGGAAACGACUUUGGCCACUCCUUCUUUGGUGAACCCAUGGGUUUUCCAGACAGUGCAGGUUUUUCACAGUUCUCCAGCACCUCCUUUAGCGGGCCCAGCGUAGGUGGAAAUUUCAAAUCAACUUCUACAUCCACAAAAUUUGUCAAUGGGAAAAAAGUCGUCACAAAGAAGACCAUAGAGAAUGGGCGGGAAACAGUCACGGUGGAGGAAGACGGCCGAAUCAAGUCACGGACUGUGAAUGGAGAGGUCCAGGCUUUAGCUUACUAGCCUCUCCUCUCCCACCAUAGCCCAUAUCCGUCAGGCAGUAUCAUCGAAGGAAGGGAUCUUAUGACAGACUUUUUAACUAGCUCUUGUUGUCACACAACAGCUGGAACGGCCUUUCGCUGGGGAAAAGGACUUUGGAUUACUUGGUUAAUAUUGUAUACGUGCUGUACAGAACUAGAUGCAGAGUACACAGAAGACGGGUGGGGGGCGGGCGAGAACUGCUAGUGGACUGGAAUUAGAACCUUGUUUAUUCUGUCUUGUCUGCUUGUGUCAACUCUGAUCUAUGCAGGCUUGUGGCUGUUCAGACUCGGCUGCUCUUUGUUCUGCAUUCUUUUCUGUCUGAUGUUGUAAAUUUUUGAAGCCAGUCUGAAUAUUCUGGGUUUUUCCGAAGGCAAUAAACUUGUUCUUCCUGUUCA